AUGUCGCCGGUCCCCACAUCGACGGAUAUCGACCCGGCCUACGAUCCAAUGCGGCCUCCGCAGGGCGUUCCCUCGGGUGGCGGUCAGGCUCCGAGGUCCGUCAGCGAGCUGCCCAAUGCUGCCAUUGACCUGGCAAAUCGGAUGUUCGACCUGGCACGUCAGGGCAACCUCGACCUGAUCCAGUACCUCGAAGCAGGCCUCCCCGCCAACCUCACCAACAAUCGCGGCGAUACCCUGCUCAUGCUCGCGUCCUACCACGGCCACGCAGAACUCGUGCGGCGCAUGCUCGAGGUCGGCUCCGACGAUCAACCCCCUGCUCCAGCUCCGAACAACGCGACGGCCGCGCAGCUGCCGAGGCGGCGACGAGCCAAGCCCGACCCCAACCAGCUCAACGGCCGCGGCCAGAGCAUCGUGGCGGGCGCCGUGUUCAAGGGGUACGACGAAGUGGUCAGGAUACUCGUACAGCACGGCGCAGACCCGGCGGCUGGCCAGCCGUCGGCCGAGGAGACGGCAAAGAUGUUUGGAAGGUGGGACGGCGAGGGCGGGCACAAGCAGCUGUUUGAGGACGCUCCGGGCAGGGGAGCUGGCGCAAGGGAGGCGAGCGAGGCCGUCGAGGACAGGGAAGAGGCGCGGAGAGUACCGGGCGUCGGGCUGCAGACCUCAGCGGGUUCCGGGCCGUAG